UCUGCGUGUGCACUCACGGGUCCUAAUUAUCUUGGCUAAAUGUCUGUGUUUUCUUUUUUCCAGGAGGGAAACUUCGCUAGAUUUGUGCUUUGAGUUUGACGCGAAUUCCCAAUUAACCGGCUCUUGAUAGAGUACAGUACUCAUCUUCACUGACGAGGUUUUCAAUCAUUAAGUGGGCCACAAGUCAUGUCUGGUAUAGCGUUAAGUCGUCUCGCACAAGAACGAAAGGCUUGGCGGAAAGACCAUCCUUUUGGUUUUGUAGCCGUACCGACAAAAAACCCUGAUGGAACGAUGAAUUUGAUGAAUUGGGAGUGUGCCAUCCCAGGGAAAAAAGGAACACCGUGGGAGGGAGGCUUGUUCAAACUUCGGAUGCUGUUUAAGGAUGACUAUCCUUCCUCUCCACCAAAGUGUAAAUUUGAGCCUCCUUUAUUCCAUCCGAAUGUAUAUCCGUCUGGUACCGUAUGCUUGUCUAUUUUAGAGGAAGACAAAGACUGGAGGCCUGCCAUUACAAUCAAGCAGAUCUUGCUAGGAAUCCAAGAACUCCUUAAUGAACCAAAUAUUCAGGAUCCCGCACAGGCUGAGGCAUACACAAUUUACUGCCAAAACAGAGUGGAGUAUGAAAAAAGGGUCAGAGCACAAGCCAAAAAGUUCUCGCCGUAAAUCUCAAGAUUUCUCACUUAAUGGAAAUGGGUUUUGACCAGGUCUCCUCACCCCUGUUCCAGCCCCCAUCCCCCCCCAUCCCAUACUUAUUUACUG